GGCGAGUGGAACUGGAUCGGGUUUGCUGCCAGCGGCGUGAGCUUCGGCCGCCAUUUUACAACAGCUCCACUCGCGCCGGACACAGGGAGCAGCGAGCACGCGUUUCCCGCAACCCGAUCUCCUCGGACAGGAUUCUUCCGCCGCAGCCCAACGGGGAGAUCUCUGGAAACAUGGCUACAGAACAUGUUAAUGGAAAUGGUACUGAAGAGCCCAUGGAUACUACUUCUGCAGUUAUCCAUUCAGAAAAUUUUCAGACAUUGCUUGAUGCUGGUUUACCACAGAAAGUUGCUGAAAAACUAGAUGAAAUUUACGUUGCAGGGCUGGUUGCACAUAGUGACUUAGAUGAAAGAGCUAUCGAGGCUUUAAAAGAAUUCAAUGAAGACGGCGCAUUGGCAGUUCUUCAGCAGUUUAAAGACAGUGAUCUCUCUCAUGUUCAGAACAAAAGUGCCUUUUUAUGUGGAGUCAUGAAGACUUAUAGGCAGAGAGAAAAACAAGGGACCAAAGUAGCGGAUUCUAGCAAAGGACCAGAUGAGGCAAAAAUUAAGGCACUAUUGGAAAGAACAGGCUACACACUUGAUGUGACCACUGGACAGAGGAAGUAUGGGGGACCGCCUCCAGAUUCCGUUUAUUCAGGUCAGCAGCCUUCUGUUGGCACUGAGAUAUUUGUGGGGAAGAUCCCAAGAGAUCUGUUUGAGGAUGAACUUGUUCCAUUAUUUGAGAAAGCUGGACCGAUAUGGGAUCUUCGUCUAAUGAUGGAUCCACUCACUGGUCUCAAUAGAGGUUAUGCGUUUGUCACUUUUUGUACAAAAGAAGCCGCUCAGGAGGCUGUUAAACUGUAUAAUAAUCAUGAAAUUCGUUCUGGAAAACACAUUGGUGUCUGCAUCUCAGUGGCCAACAAUAGGCUUUUUGUGGGCUCUAUUCCUAAGAGUAAAACCAAGGAACAGAUUCUUGAAGAAUUUAGCAAAGUAACAGAGGGUCUCACAGACGUCAUUUUAUACCACCAACCAGAUGACAAGAAAAAAAACAGAGGCUUUUGCUUCCUUGAAUAUGAAGAUCACAAAACAGCUGCCCAGGCAAGGCGUAGGUUAAUGAGUGGUAAAGUCAAGGUCUGGGGAAAUGUUGGAACUGUUGAAUGGGCUGAUCCUAUAGAAGAUCCUGAUCCUGAAGUGAUGGCAAAGGUAAAAGUGCUGUUUGUACGUAACCUUGCCAAUACUGUAACAGAAGAGAUUUUAGAAAAAGCAUUUAGUCAGUUUGGGAAACUGGAACGAGUGAAGAAACUAAAAGAUUAUGCCUUCAUUCAUUUUGAUGAGCGAGAUGGUGCUGUCAAGGCUAUGGAAGAAAUGAAUGGCAAAGAUUUGGAGGGAGAAAAUAUUGAAAUUGUUUUUGCUAAGCCACCAGAUCAGAAAAGGAAAGAAAGAAAAGCUCAGAGGCAAGCAGCAAAGAAUCAAAUGUAUGAUGAUUACUACUAUUAUGGUCCACCUCAUAUGCCCCCUCCAACAAGAGGUCGAGGGCGUGGAGGUAGAGGUGGUUAUGGAUAUCCUCCAGAUUAUUAUGGAUAUGAAGAUUAUUAUGAUUAUUAUGGCUAUGAUUACCAUAACUAUCGUGGUGGAUAUGAAGAUCCAUACUAUGGUUAUGAAGAUUUUCAAGUUGGAGCUAGAGGAAGGGGUGGUAGAGGAGCAAGGGGUGCUGCUCCAUCCAGAGGUCGUGGGGCUGCUCCUCCCCGCGGUAGAGCCGGUUAUUCACAGAGAGGAGGUCCUGGAUCAGCAAGAGGCGUUCGUGGUGCGAGAGGAGGUGCCCAACAACAAAGAGGCCGCGGGGUACGUGGUGCGAGGGGUGGCCGCGGUGGAAAUGUAGGAGGAAAGCGCAAAGCUGAUGGGUACAACCAGCCAGAUUCCAAGCGGCGCCAGACCAAUAAUCAGAACUGGGGCUCCCAACCCAUUGCUCAGCAACCGCUCCAAGCAGGGAAAAGGGGUCGAGGCCGGUCCUGACCUGUUACAAUGAAGACUGACUUGCUAUGUGGGAUUACACCAGAAGCUUGCAGUGGAGUAAUGGUAAGGAAAUCAAGCAACCUUAAAUAUCUCGGCUGUAUAGGAGCAUAUUCUGUUGCAGAAGACCUUCCUAUGAAGAUCAUGGAAUCAAAUACAGGACAUUGAACUAAUACUUGGACUUUGAUAUGAAUUUCUUUAACAAUUUUCUCUGCAGUGCAAGUUAUUAAACUAAAGCUACUCUAUUUUCCAAAUGUGUUCCAACAGAAAUCCUUCAUAACUUCUAGCAUGGUAUCUUAAUAAAGAAUAAAGUUCUUCUCUUUAAAAAAUCUGCUCUAAGUAGAUUUUUCCCCUGUUUUUUUAAAUUAAGGAUCCCAGCAGUGGUUUUCUGAAAUAUUCUCUUGAAUUUGUGCAUUUAAAUUUUAUUGCAGUGGUAUAGAUGAAUGCCAUUGUUGGUAUCCUUAAAUUUUAUUUCUGCUCACCAAGGUUAAUCAUGAUUGUCUAUAUCUUUUUUAUAGUAAUCACUUUUGAAUUGUGUUCAGAUAUGCAGUUUCAGGUGUAAUCAUCAGAGCUGGUUAGUCAGGCAUUCCAGAUAGUGGUUCUUUUCAGAACCUUUUUUAAAGGGUUGGUUAACUACCUCAGUAGCAGAGGAUUGAACUAUACCCUGUCUGUACUGUACAUAGAAAAUCUUUGUAGAUAAAAGCAAGGCUUGUUAAAUGAUAUGAGGGUAAGAUUUUAAUAUACCAAAUGUAACAUUCUUAGUUGCCUUUAGUUUCAGAGGCUUGUAAGACUUCCUCAUGACCAUCAUAACAGGCCUUGCUUUUGUCGUAUUUUGUGGCUGAAAAAGCAGCCUUGCUUCUUCAGAUAUUGUAGUUAUUUGGAUGUAUAAUAGUUUAGCAAGAUGUUACUUUUGUAAGACAUCAGAUGUUCAAAAAAGUGCAUCCGAACUUGUACUAAAUACUGCAGUGUCCCUUUAUAAAAAAGUCAGACUAAAACUGACAAUUGUACAGCGAAGCCUGACAUUUGGAUAUUUUGAAGUUUUUUCAUAAAUCAUAGAAAUUAGUAUAUGGCUGUAGUUUAGCUUUUUAGGUAAAAGGUAUGUUUCAUUAGUGCAUUUCUUAUUGCUGAUCACUGCAAAAAUGUGAAUCAGCUUUCCAUUUCUUAUGCAGGUCAUGAUAACUUGUAGAAUAGAGUACAAUCAUUUGUGCUAUGUUUUUAAUUUUCUAAAGCACCUUGAUGACAGUGAGUGUUCAGUGGUGAAGCAUCCUCUAUUGAAUCACCCUCAAAAAUUUUUUGCCAAGUCCUAAAUUGAUAGCUUAAAGUCAAAAGUGAAAUUAUAAUUUAAUUAGGACUUGGUAUAAAGAAAUCCCUUUUCCCCUUCCCCAAAGGGAUACUGCAGUUAUAUCACAUACCCAAUAGGCACCACGAUGAAGAUCAGAGCUUAUUAUACUUAAUUAAGGUUUUAUACACACCAGUUCCCCCAGUAAAUGCAAAUUUAACAAAAUUAGACAUGUCAUAUGUUCAAAAUGCUCAUGGCAAACAAUCAUUUUGCAUUCCUGCAAAUAAAAUUGUUUUAUACUGUAAGCUGGAGGCGAGUGUAACUUAUUUUUGUAAUAAAGUUUUUAUUUUUUUUAUGUGUCAUUAAUAUAAAUGUGUGUUAGUGUAGAAAUAUUCUGGUUUAAAAACUUAGAAUUGCACACAUUUCAGUAUGUUUAUUUGUACUUACAUAAUUUUAGAAUAGUGGUUGCCAAUAGCCUGUAUGUUUCACAUUAAUUGGUUUUUUUAUGUUACCUUAAUAAACCAUUUUAGUAUGUUGUAUGUCAGUUACUGGGAUAGCUGGGACAUAGAGUGUAAUUUAAAAUUUGUCAAUAAGUAUUCAUUGGAAUAUAUGUAAAUGUGCCUUGCCGGUUAUUGAAACUUACCUACAAAAUGAGUAUGGGGUGACAAAAAUUAGUUCCUGGUGCUUAAUGAAACUUUCUGCCACUGAUUUUAUAUAUUACCCCGUGCUUUUUUAAAGUACAUCUCUUUCAAAUCUUAGUGUAAGUUUGAGGGCUACACAAAACAUUUACAUUUCAUUCUAACAUAUGAGUACAAUAGGUUGUGGAAAGUGGGUAAACUAAAUGUAGCCUUCAGUAAAAUUGAAUCUCAGUGUAAUCUUUGGUGCUGGCGUUUCCCAGUUCCAAGGAAUUAAAUGAUCCCAUCAAAGAGGUCAUUGCCAUGCCUAUUGGCACUUUACUGUCAUACCCUUUUUUAAGGGACACUGUCAAGGUGUUUAAGUUAAUUCUCAGAAUUAUUUGUUGGGAUUUUAGGAUGGGUUUGUUUGACUUAAGUAAGAACUGCAUUGUCAGAGUUGAAAGAUGAACAUUUUUGUGAGUUCACAAAUGUGUUCUUAAGAAAACAUUAAACUAUGGAGCUGUGGGUUUCCAAGACUAUUUGGCAUUCUUAGUUUGGGGAUUUGGGAGGGAAAACUGAUGAUAAAAAGAAAUUGUAAGGAAUUGAUGGGUAAUGUAAACAGUGGUGAUGAAAUCUAUACACGCUCAAGUGAAAUUACUUGACAGUGUUCAUUUGAAUAACUUUGAAUUCAAGCCAUUAUAAUUACUUUUAAAAUUAAAUAUCAUUUGCACUGUUCUGAUAAUGGGUGCAGUUUUUGAGCAAUAUAAUCAGAGCUAAAUAUGCAUGUAGUGAUUAGUGAUGUGAACAAUUAAGUUCUGAGAAGAAAUACUAACUGGUAUUUUCAAACUUAAAUUUCUGUAGUAAAAUCAGCAUCAAACUCUUAUCAAUAAGAGAUCAAGGAAAACAGGCAAUGCAUAUAAACAUACUUUUGAAUGUUGUGUGGCCUAUAAAGCAAUAAUGCAAUUUAUAUGGAAUGUCAUGGGAUAUGAGAAAUGGAAAUGCAAAAAUAACUAAUCCUUUAGUAAAAAUGUCAACCUGUUAAAAGGGGAAUGUUAACUAAUGUAGGUUAUUGCUAUUUGUGAUUUGUUUAUGGGUUCUUGGCUUUGACAGCUUCAAAGAAUGGACAGAUAACAAGUCAAAUUUUGUAUAUAUUGUCAAGGAAUGGGUCUUAAAUCCAAGAGUCAAGUCCCUUCCUUGGGGUGAAAAAUGUAUCCUUAAAGCAUUCUGAUUGUUAAACAAGAAAACUUGAGUUACCUAAACAGACGCAAGAUUUUGUUUCUGCAGACUACUUGGCAAUCAAAAGUGAUCAUCAAUUCAGUUAAUCGGUUUUCAGAAAUUUGCUUUGUGAGAAAAUUGUGUUCUGUAUAUUUUCCCAAACAUGCUUUUUGUGGAAGAUUUUCAGCCAUUGCAAUUAAAUCAGAUACUAGAUAUGAAGUGGGGGUUGAGCACAAAAAAGAGCGGUUGCACACUCAUGAUGGUGGUUGUAGCAUCAUGAGAAAUUUAUCAAUUGCAAAUCUGAUUUGACAAAAUACAAACAUUUCCUCAUGAUAAAAUAGGAACUUAAUAGGAAUGGAUUGAUGGGGUGAUCUCGGGUAUUGUAUAUAUUUGGGAAGACUUAAAACCAGGAUGAAUACAUGCUAGAUGGACAAAAUUGUCACAUGCAGGGCAGCUUUUUUUGACUGCUAAGCCAAAGUCACUGUUGAUCAGAAACAGCAAAAGAUCACCUUGUUAUUAUAGAGUAAGACAUGUUUCUAUUUUAAGGGGAGAAAUUAAAUGUAGAAGACUUCAUGCAUUUAGGAGAAGGAGCUAACCCUAGAGUAAAUGUUCAGAUUCCUAAUACCCACCAUGACCAUUUUCUCCCCAGUGAUGUAUUCCAUAAAACCAAAUUUUUAUCUGACCAUAGGAAUUGAUUGGUGGGUAUAAAAUGAAUGAAUAAAAAACUUUAACAAUACAUAAAAUGAACAGACUUGUGAGGAUGAUGUUUUAAAGUGUAGCAUUUACUCAGUGAUACCACUCAAUAGGGCAUGCCACUACUUUUCUUAAGAUGCUAAUUAUAAACCAAUAUUCAAAGACAUUUUUAACUGUGGGCAAAGUAAUAGAUGGACUUUUUGGUCUGUCACUUUUUUAAAAAGUACUUAAGACAUAAGUUCUAUUAGCACCACAGUCUGCCUUCAGUAAUAUACAUAAAAUAUUUUUCAGGACCAGAAGCAUUCAGUUGGAAAAACCAUCUUUUUUAUGAAUGCAAAACAGUAUUAUAACUAAUGCUCUGGUCCAGGAUUAGGUUUUUAAUAUUUUAACAGUAGUCUGAUAAACAUUUAGAAGUCUGGCAUUGAGAAACAAAAGCUUGUACCUGACUAGUACUUUUAUUUAAAAGAAAUAUUAGUUCUCUUAGCUUAUUUAAAUUGUCUCUUACAUUUAUUUAUCCAUAGAAUUUAUAUUUAUUUCAUUCCUUUCAUCUCACUGAAAACAACUGUCUGCAGGCUCUUUGAUUUGGAUUAGAUGUGUGAAGUACUGUCUUUUGCCAAAAACCUCAACUUACCUGUUCUUUUAAACGUAGUGGGUUUGUGCUUGUUUGGAGAUCAGUUCAAAAACUAUCUGUACUAUCUGUACUGCCUCUGAUGUUAAGAUUUUAUGUAUAGCAUAAGGAAGCUAGCUCUGACUAUAUUUUCCUAAGAAUAAAGACCUAUUUUUGUAGCAUG